AUGGCAGUUGAUGUGCCAAAAUCUGUUAUAAAGAAGUUGGUAUUCUUUACCGUUGCAAUGGUCGUGCUUCCAUUGUUGACUUUCUUUACAUUACAACAUCUAACUAGCAAUACUAUUAUAAGCGGUGGUCUUGCAGCUUUGAUGGCUAAUGUUGUGUUGGUGGGGUAUAUAAUUGCUGCGUUCACUGAGGAUACCACGGAAUAUGCACCAGAAGGUAAGGAAUCGAAGAAGGAAUAA